ACAUUUGAUAGAAUAAGUGUUCAUUAAUUAAUUUUUUGAUUAAUUAUUUUUAAAUGUAAUAGUUCAAAAAAAUUUUCUUGACAAUACCAAAACAGUAUGUAGUAUUAUGUAUAUUAUAUCAGAUAUCAGAGAUUUUGUGUAAAUAAUAAAUUAUAGCAAACUAUAUAAGAAUGCAAAAUAAAGAUUUUUUUGUUGUAAUUUUUAAGCUAAUAAAUGGACUCGCCAAGCAACCCUUCUUCUUAUAAAUACAAGGAUUGAAAUGGAAGAAGAAUUCCUCAAGCCAAUUCAGAAAUCCAAACUAUGGCUAAGGAUUUCUGACACACUGAAAAAAAAUGGGUACACAUUUCAGGCAACAGAAUGCCACGCUAAGUGGCGAAAUUUAAUGUGUACCUAUAGAAAAAAUGUGGACAGAACAAAAGAAUCUGGUGGGGGUGCUGUAAAAUGGGAAUAUUUCCAUACAUUUCAUGAAGUGUAUGGAAAUAGAUCAAAUGUGGAUCCCCCCAAUAACUACCUUAGAAGUUCUUUGUCAUAUACCUCUCGAAGCAACGUUCAACCACAUGAAAAUAAUUUAAUUUCUGGAGCAGAAUUGGAGCAGAAUUUAAUUUCUGCUCCAAGUACAUCCAAUUCUCAAAGGGAAACAGAAACUGAGAGACCGCAAAAGAGGAAGAAAACUAGUGAUGAACCACCAUUGUGGUUUAAAAAAUAUUUAGAAGAAAAAAAAAUAGAAGACCAAAAAAAAGCAGAAAUUGAAGAAAAACGAUGGACUGACUUAAAAAAAAUAGAAGAAGAGAAAUUAAACGCCAUGAAACAAUUAACAGAUGUUUUAUUGAAAUUGGCAGAAAAUAAGAAAAUGUAAAAUAUUUCAAUAUUUUAAUAAAAUUUUUUUUGUU